AUGUCAAAAACAACUAUUGUAUUUUAUCAAAUAAUAAAUGAUAAAGAAGACAAAAAUUCACAAAAUGUUUUUUAUAUUUCUAAGCCAAUAAAUACAAUUACAUUAAAUGAUAUCAAAAAUGAAUUUCCAUUAAUAGGAACAUAUCAUUUCAGAUUUAAAAUUCUUCUUAAUAAUACUCAUGUGUGGGUAGAUAUUAAUGAUGAUUCUUCUUCUAUUCCUAGUUUGAAUUCUUGCAUAUAUGCAAAAGUUUUAAGAUUAAGUUGGUUAGAUCAUAAAAAGGAAAAUAGUAAUUUAAAUGAAAAAAUUUCUAAUGAACAAAAUAUUGAAAAACAAUGUGAAAGUAACAAAAUAAUUUCUGGAUCAAAAGAAAAAAACACAUAUGAUAAUAUUGAAGUUCAAAAAUCAAAAAGUAGUAUCGAUAUGCUUUUAUUUGAAACAACCUCAAAUAAAUCUACUAGUGCCAACACAAUCAAGAGAAAUGAUAAUACAAAAGAUCAAAAUUAUUUUGAUUUAAUGUUUAAUUAA